AUGUCCAACAGAACAUACCCAGAGCGCUUCCCUGCUAUCCCAGAGGGGGAGGGGAUGGCAUCAGAAAAUUCCACACUUGAUCUCUCCCAUUUUCCUGUUCAAAUAGUUUGCCCAAAUUGCAAGUCUGCUUACCUGUAUUCCCAAGGCCAGGUAUUUUACAAUGUUGGUUCACAAUGCCAGCACGGCGACGAGGUCCCGGUUCACUUUCAGGGCGUCAAUACUAACACCUUGGAGGACGAGCGUAAAACUAACGCUGUCGCUAUCCCGGCUGCUGAGCUGUAUAUGAUGUUUGUUCUCAACAACGAAGGAGUGACCUUGGGGUGUAACAAUACAGUCCGGAAUCACAAAGUUGGCCUGGGCCUACUGGUCACAGCAAGUUACAAGAUAUGUCUGAGCCGGUCCUCUCGUCUUUACCCCGUGUCCUCGAGUAAUUUAUGGCUAUCGCACCACGAGUCGUUCUCCUGUCCACUGUCGCCGCUAGCUUUCGAGCAGGUCUACACCGGCGCCAACUACGAAAAGAAAGGCUUCCUAGAAGGCCUGAUGAGCUGGCUGCAAAGGUGGUGUCCAAUACUAAAGCCCAACUACAAGGCCACCGAUGGGUACUCAGGAGCAGGAAAGAAGCCGUUAUUGAAUUCUCAUCGCCUGAUGUCCAAGUGCAAAACCAUUUCGUGUCGGACACCUCCGAAAUACCACAAUCAGCCCAUUCCUGUCGCAGUUGGGAUGAACAAGGCUCUCUGGAAGAGCUUAAAAAGGAUGGUAUUAGGCAUCUCUACGGCGUAUACAUUAAGGUAUCCCGAGAGGCAGAAUGCGAUCUUAACGUUAAAGUUGAAGCCGCUUAAUUUCAUCGUCAAGGAGUACGCUGAUGAAUACGAGCGAUUAAGCCUCUGCUUUGGUCGCUACACGGGGGAAAGCGGUCGGCAGGGAAUGACGAGACAAGUAGCACAACUUGACCAGCUGGGAUUAAUCACUGACGCGAAUGGCGUCAGAUGGAAAAUGGGGAAAUUGAUCCUCCGCGAAGCAGAUGGUACAUCUCUGGGUGUCACUGAUCCAACGUACGAACAAUGCCAUUUCGACGAGAUGAUGCGUGCUGUCGCUUCGCGGCAGGAUCUUCAUCUUGCCCAAUUCUUCAAAAUCUUAGAUCUGAUGGGUUUCCCAUAG